GCAUCAUAGAAAUGAAUCGAAUAGAUGAGCUUAUGUGUGAUACAUCACAAACUACCCCAGUCAAGUUGUAAGGGUAGCGAAAAAAGGUAUAAUAAGGACAAUAUAACUAAUGUCAGAGUUACCAAAAAGGUUUCGAUUCUAUCCUGUUAUCAGAAAAGUAAAACCAAUUCCAGUUUCUGCUUAUGAUUUGAUAUUGAAAACUCUAGAGGAUUCAAAAGAGAAAAGAGUAGAUGUAGUAUCUCGUAAGAUUAAUCAACAUUCUCGAGAAAUUAUAACUGAAAAGAAUUUAUAUAUUUCAAGAUCAAUACUUUUUACUUCAUCAAAUGUCAAGUUACGACCCCAACCUCUUAAUAAAUUUACUAAAAUCUAUCAUAGAAAAGCAUAUUCUGCUGUAAAAAUACUGAAUACUAAUUUACUAUCCAACAUAGAGAAAAGGAUGAAAUUGUUUCCAAGAGAAAAUGAUGUAUUUAGAUCAGGUUUAAGCUUUGCAGCUCUUGUAGGGAGCAACACGUUUAUGUACUGGGUUAUUAAACGAGCGUAUUUGGCAGAUCCUAGAAAUGGUAAAGAAAUUGCUGAGACCAUCCUUCGUAAUUUUGUACAAGAGUAUUCCCAUUUCAUUGGUGAUACCCUUAUCUUAGACUUUAAUCAAAAAAAAGAACAUGAUACACGUAAGUUAGUAAACUUAAUUGAAUUCGCUAAACCAGUAAAUGUCUUGCUUGGAGUAAGGUAUUUACAUGAUAGAAAGAGAACGGCUGCCGUCUAUGAAAAAAUUUACGAUGGAUGCUAUCCAAUAACCAAAAAGGUAAUACAGGAAGGAUCAAUGGAGGAGAUGUUCAACUCAUAUAUGUUACCAUUUUUAAAAAGACAUUCGUUAUAUUUAGCAAUCGAUUUAAGAAUGUUCUCCAAAAUUAGACAACCUUCUAUUCUUCCUUCGUUUAAAGGUCGAUUGCCGUGUUUACCACCAUUGAAAAAUCCAAGUAAAACAACACAGCUAUUAAAAAUAGCACUUCUACAUCCAAAAUUUUCUAAAUUGACAACUAAAAAAGAAUUCACGGAUUUAUCUAGUACCUUGAAUUUUCUAGGAGAUUCCAUAAUCAAUCAAUUAUCAGUACUGUAUUUAAUUAAUAUGAAUGAAGACAUCCCCAAUUAUAAAGAGUAUCAUUCACAUUAUUCCUUCAUGAAGUCCAAUUCUUUAUUGGGAAGACUAGCGUUGGUAUAUGAAUUGGAUACAAUGUUAUCAAAUUCCGAUCAUAGAAAAAAGUGUCAAGAGUAUCGUAAUCUUCCUGUCAGAAAGACAAUUUUAAGUAAACAAUAUAAGUUCUAUGGAGAUUUAUUUGAAAGGCUAAUUGCCGUUUAUUAUCUUGAUGAUGAAGAGUCAUGUAAGAAAUGGAUUUUCCAAAUAUUCGACAAUUUGUUUGAAAACUUACGUGUUGAACGUAAAGAUGGUAUGGUUCUUGAUAUAUCACGGUAUAUUGACGAGGUUUUACAAAACCACUAGAAGUUAUUUGAAGUAAUAGAUAAUAUAAUAGAAUAGAGUAGAGAAAGUAGAAUACAAUAGAAUACAAUCUCUUACAGUAUUAUAUCAGGUCCUUAAAUAGUCUACAAUUAUGAGUAAUG